UAUUUGAUUAAAAUCUUUUACAGCUUUAGUGAUUUAUGCAUUUUUUAUGCCAACAGUCGUUUGGCCACCACCGUUGAAAUGACACCCGAAAUGAUUAAGUCCACCGUUCAUGAUAUGGAAGUAUUUCUAAAGGAUACACAUUUACAAAUAAAACAUAAACUUGAUAAUGGUUUUCAUGUUUCCGUUGAAAAAGUUGUCAAAGAUUUGGAAGAUGUGGAUGUUUUGUUGGGCGAACCCAUUCAAGCGGAAAUUUCAGCUCAUACUGGCAUUGAGUUGGCCUAUGAUUCUUUGGCAACAUUAAGCUUGGUGAAUGCGGAACUUAUCUAUCGUGUACUCAUGCUGCAGGAGACUGUGGGGCGUGCUUUGAAAUUGGCACAGGAGGCUGCUGCUCGCAUGGAAGAGCUGCAAAUACAAUUGUCCGUGUUGCAACGUCAGUGCACGUAUCGUGAUCGUCCCCUGUGUGAUACCUUACGUAUAAGGAGUUUUGAGGAGAAUGGUAUUAUUGAUGCUUUGAAAACGUUACAAGAAGAUCAAGCAAUAUUUCGAAUGCGUUAUUUGGGUGAAAUUGAAAUGGGUGCAACUGUUAAGAAUUUAUCAUCCGAAGUGGGAUUGUCACGUUCAAUAUUUAGCAAUUUUCCUCAACAAGUUAAAACGGAUACAGCGUAUGAAAGAAAUUCGAAAUCAACUAAACAAAAACUCUUUAGAGGAUGUGAAAAAAAUGAAGCAUCGUACAAUGUCUUUCAAUUGGAUGCAUUCGUUAAUACAACAGCUAUUUCCGAUAUAAAACAAUUCCCAAAAGUCACUCAGGCCAUUGAUGCCAUCGAUGUAUCAGAACGUACAUUAUUGUCGUUGACACAAACAAUACAAACCAUAUUGGAGAAUAUGUUACAAAUGUCAUCGUUUAAUUUAACCAUAUACCGUACGACAAUAGGAGCACCCACACCCGAAAAAGAUUUGGCUACUUUUAUUGAUCAAAUGCAAAGAGUCGCAUUGCAGAUACAAGACGUGGCAACCUCAUCACGUAUGACUACGCUAGGUAGUCGUUCUAAACGUUUGCAGGCCUCAAUACUACAACCUCUUGAACAGUUACAAAAUGAAAUACUCUACCAUUUGACAGCGUUGGAAUUGCAGCGAGAUCCCUGGGCUAAACAAGUUAAUCAGACCUUAAAUCAUUUACGCAAUAUACAGGAGUAUUUGGAAAAGAUGGCUGGAGAGAUAUGUCAAAAUCAAACACGUAUUUAUACUGAAAGACUGAAAACCUAUUUAAGCAACGAUAAGGCCACCAUGUCUUCUCAACUGGGUGAAACUACGGCCAGAUGUCGUCCCUUCUUUGAUAUAUUCGAUGCAAAUCGCAUAUUUCUUUGUCGAAAUAUGAUAGAUUUCGUUAAUGCUUUAUGGUUUUUCACUUUUCUUACGCUUCUUCUGUGGUCCAUAGCUACGCCGGUGGGUUUAAAUCUUAUUUCGUUGCAUAGGAAAAUAAAUGGUUUACGCAAAGCUAAGUUACGUGCUGCCGAAAGAGCCACCGAGAGAGGUGAUUCAUUUAGUCGUGGACGUAGAAGAGAUCGUGGUCGUAGUACUUCGCGUGAUAGAGAACGUAGUACCAGUAGUACGGGUAGACCCAGACCAACUUUACAACGAACUGCCACCGAGGAGACCUUAGAUAUAGAAAAUUUAAACGAUGAACCAUCACAGCGCUCUCAAAUGGGACGCGAAAGAGAACGUGAGCGAGAACGUUCCCGUGAACGAGAGCGUGAACGUGAACGAUCUAGAGAGAGGGAACGUGAGAGACAGAGCAGAAGUCGUGAAGUAUCACAGGAUAAAUUAGGAGGACGUAGAGGUGGACAAAUCCGUCGUCAAGGUACCGAAGAAGAAAGUUUAGACUCAGGUCCCAGCCGAGGAACAUCCUAUGAAAGAGAAGAAAGUCAAUCACGUGUUAGAAGUGGUAGCAGUGCCCCUCAAAGACAGUCGAGACCGCAGCAGUCUCAGCCACAGCGUUCAAGAUUUCAACAGCCACCACCUUUACGUCGCCAAGGCACCGAGGAAUUUGCCUUAGAUGAUGAUGAAACUUGGCAAUCACCUGCGCAAACUAACCGUGAACGUGGUCAACCUCGUCGAGGUGAAGCACAACGUAACAAACGUUCGAUAACUCCAGUACUGACAGUGCGACCAGAUGCUCAGCCAGCCCAACCAAAACCCCGAACACCUACUCGUCUAAAGAGUCGUGUUUCACUGACCAGUCGUGCAGUAAGAAAUAUUGUUGAGAAUCGUGACGGUCGCAAUAGGGGAUUGCAACGCCAGAAUACAGAAGAUUUUGAAUUGGACGAUGAUGAUAACAGUUAUGGCACUUCUAGAAGUACAUCACAGGCCGUGCAAGCGGCUCGUCGUACACCACCACGUUCGGCACCACCGCCACCACCUCCACCCUCAAACAGAUUCAAAGCGAGUAGUGUACGCAGUGUCCGUUGGCAUGCCGGUGACGAGGAAAUGGUAUUCGAAGAUUGUGAUUCGGCCAAUCCCAUGUAUAUGAGUCAUGAUCUCAACGAUUAGAAAAGGAGUAAAAUGGAAAAAUAAUAAAAUUUUAAGAGUUUAGCAAUGUAUUCGUCACUUUUAUAAUAUUUUUGAAAGAUGAACGAUUUUACCACAAAAUUUCGUUUAUUGUUUUUGUAAUACUCUUUAUACUGGACUUUAUAAUGUAUAAUUGUUGUUUUUUUUUUUUUAAUUUUCAUUUUGAGUUUUUAUAACCAAUAAAAAAUCUAUUUAAUAAUUUUAAUAAAAUAUAAGUUA